ACUCAGAGGAGGAGCCCCCAGACUCCCCGACGGCUGAGCUCGUCGCGUCCCUCCAAGCAGCCGCCGCGCGUACAGCCGCGGCCCGCGGCGCCGUGGGUGACGCGUUGGAGGGGUCCCAGGUACCGCGGCGCGCCCGCAGCCGGCGGCGCGCGCGGGCGCGCGGCAUGGGCGGCGGCUGCGG